UUUUGUUUAUUUGUUUGUUUAUACAAUUACAGACAUAACACGAGAUAACCCUAGAAAGAUCUCUUCAUCUCUCUCUCUCUCUCUCCGACAACAAAAGUCAAUCUAUCGCUAAUUUCAAUUCCAAUUACAUACAAAGUGAAAAAAAUGGCGUCCUUUAAGAUGAUGUCUUCUUCCAAUUCCGAUCUGUCUCGGCGUAAUUCUUCUUCUGCUUCAUCUUCCCCUUCUAUUAGAUCAUCAUCGCACCAUCUCCGACCAAAUCUUCACACCGAUCACUCCAGAAUCAGUUUCGCUUACGGCGGUGGCAACGAUUACACUUUCGCCUCUGAUUCGAAGCCGUUAGAUAUGGCGGUUGAUACUGCUGAGCGGAGUAUCGGAGAUCGGAACAGCGUUAACAACGGCAAGAGUGUGGACGACGUUUGGAAAGAGAUCGUAUCUGGAGAGCAAAAGAGGAUCAUGAUGAAAGAGGAAGCACAUGAUGAUGUGAUAAUGACGCUUGAGGAUUUUUUAGCGAAAGCAGCAAUGGAUGAUGUUGAUGGGGAUGCAGCUAACAUGGAUUCAGAUGAAAUUGAUGUGAAGAUUCCUCCGGAGAGACUAAACAACGACGGUAGCUAUACAUUCGAUUUUCCGAUGAUGCCGCAGACGCAGCCGCAGCCGCAGAGACAUAGUUCGUUUCAGAUGAUUGAAGGAUCAAUGGGUGGAGGAGGAGGAGUGAGGGGAAAAAGAGGGAGAGUGAUGAUGGAGGCCAUGGAUAAAGCAGCAGCUCAGAGACAGAAGAGGAUGAUCAAGAACCGUGAAUCUGCGGCUAGGUCCAGAGAGAGGAAACAGGCUUAUCAAGUUGAGUUAGAGACUUUGGCUGCGAAAUUAGAGGAAGAGAAUGAGCAGCUUUUGAAGGAGAUUGAAGAGAGCACUAAAGAGAGAUACAAGAAGCUAAUGGAGGUUUUGAUUCCGGUCGAUGAGAAACCAAGGCCAUCCUCGCGUUCUUUAUGCAGGAGUCAUUCUUUGGAAUGGUGAAGAGUGGUGUAAGUUGCAGAUUCUAGUGGUAAUAAAGAUGUAUGAUGUAUACUUUUGUAUGUGAAUAAAAAUUAAACCGAUGGGCUUGAUUACUAUAUUGUAAUCUAUAUAGUAAAAUGAUGGUGCUAUGGUUAGUACUUAGUUUACCUUUGAAUGUCUCUCAUGGAUGUAAUGGAGAGAAUACAUAGUUUUUGCUGA